UACCUCCAAUUUCUCUAUAUAAGCCAAAAUCUUGAAGCACUAUAAAUGAAUUGAGACUAGAGCACUCACCUUCCAAUAACCAAAACUACCGUCUCUACUCUAUUGAAUUUGCAAUGGUGUUCAUGGAUUUGGAAUGGUUGUUUCCAAUUCCAAUUAGUGUCUCUUUUGCUUCAACAAUAUUGGCUUUAGCAGGAGGAUGGUUGAUUUAUCUGUAUGAGCCGUAUUGGAGGGUAAGGAAGGUUCCUGGUCCACCAUCUCUGCCGUUGGUAGGGCACCUUCACUUGCUGGCUAAACAUGGCCCUGAUGUUUUCUCAGUCCUUGCCAAGCAAUAUGGUCCAAUUUACAGAUUUCAUAUGGGAAGACAGCCACUAAUAAUAGUAGCAGAUGCAGAACUGUGUAAAGAGGUUGGAAUCAAAAAAUUUAAAGACAUUCCAAACAGAAGCACUCCCUCUCCUAUUAAAGCUUCUCCACUUCACCAAAAGGGUCUCUUCUUCAGCCGGGAUUCACAAUGGUCUACAAUGAGAAACACCAUAUUGUCGGUAUAUCAACCAUCACACCUAUCAAGAUUAGUGCCAACAAUGCAAUCAUUCAUAGAAUCUGCCACUCAAAAUCUUGACUCACAAAAAGAAGACAUUUUCUUUUCUAAUUUAUCACUUAAACUCGCGACUGACGUGAUUGGACAAGCAGCCUUUGGUGUCAACUUUGGCCUCUCUCAAUCUCAUUCCGUUCACAACGAAAGCAAGAAUGUUGCUACUGAUAACAAGGACUUAAUGAAUGCAAGUGGUAGUAAUGAAGUAACUGACUUCAUUAAUCAACACAUAUACUCAACAACUCAACUUAAGAUGGACUUGUCAGGUUCUUUCUCAAUCAUACUUGGUCUACUUGUUCCGAUUCUUCAGGAACCAUUUAGGCAGAUUUUGAAGCGAAUACCGGGUACCAUGGAUUGGAAAAUUGAGCGUACUAAUGAAAAACUAGGUGGCCGUCUUGACGAGAUUGUAGAGAAAAGAACGAAAGAUAGAACACGUAGUUCAAAGGAUUUUUUGUCGCUUAUCCUAAAUGCUAGAGAAUCAAAAGCUGUUUCGGAAAAUGUUUUCACACCUGAAUAUAUCAGUGCUGUUACUUAUGAGCACUUGCUUGCUGGAUCAGCAACCACUUCCUUUACAUUGUCUUCUGUUGUAUAUUUGGUUGCUGCACAUCCAGAAGUUGAGAAAAAGAUGCUUGAAGAGAUUGAUGGGUAUGGUUCACUAGAUCAGAUACCUACUUCCCAAGAUCUUCAUGACAAGUUUCCUUAUCUUGAUCAGGUGAUCAAAGAGGCAAUGAGAUUUUACAUUGUAUCACCAUUAGUUGCAAGAGAAACAUCGAAUGAAGUAGAGAUUGGAGGUUACCUUCUUCCAAAGGGGACUUGGGUUUGGUUAGCCCUUGGAGUUCUAGCAAAAGAUCACAAAAACUUUCCAGAGCCAGAAAAGUUCAAACCAGAAAGGUUUGACCCUAACUGCGAAGAAAUGAAACAAAGACACCCUUAUGCUUUCAUACCAUUUGGAAUUGGUCCUAGAGCUUGCAUUGGUCAGAAAUUUUCCAUGCAAGAGAUCAAGCUUUCACUUAUUCAUUUAUACAAAAAAUACUUGUUUCGGCAUUCAGCUGAUAUGGAAAGCCCUUUAGAACUCGAGUAUGGAAUAGUCCUCAACUUCAAGCAUGGUGUCAAGUUCAGUGUCAUAAAAAGAACAGAGAUGAGCUGCUAAAUUAACCGUUAAGAUUGUACUUGUACUUUGUGAGUCAGGAUGAAAUAUAACUUAGGCUUUGUCUAACAUGCAGAAACAAAAUAUCUUGGACCAUGCACAAGUGUCUCUUUCACUAUUGAAUGAAUAAGUCACACCAUAUAUAAUCUAAUGGUGAGAUUUAUUGAUUCAAUGGCAAAAACUAGGUUGUGCAUGAUGCAAGACUUGUCUUGUGCAUCAUAGAAUUGGCCAUAAACUAAUAUUAGAAAUAAGUAUGAUGAGAUACAAUACCAAAUAAUCAUGUAGUAUACCAAAUAAUAAGUUUAUGAAAGAGAUAAUACUUUGAUUUUCUAGCUUUUAAA